CCUUGCAAACACUUAAGCUAUAGAGAGAGAGAGAGAGAGAGCUCACAGAGAAUAGAAAUAGAGAUGAAGAUCAUAGUCAUUUGCUUAGUGAUGGUGCUGCUUGGUCUUCUAGCAGCCGGCGCAAGUUUUGGGGCCGAGGCCACCAGGGCAAAGGCUGACGUCAUUUGGGUCUAUCAACCUGGCCUGUUUCUGCCUCCUACAUGCGUAUAUCCUAGCACUGCAGCCUCGCCUCUCGGACUAACAGCUGCCGGAGCUCUGCUAGUGCUUCAACUCAUCAUCCUUAUCAACACCGGUUGUCUUGGUUGCAAACGACGCUCUCCUACUCAACCAAACUCCAACUCCAACCCCAACCCCAACAUUACCGCCCGACUCUGCUCUGGCAUUGCAAGCCUCACAUUUGCGAUAGCGCUGGUCAUGUUGCUGACCGGAGUGGCACUGAAUGACGGUAAGAAGAAUUGCUAUGUUGUGAAGCCCGGAGUGUUCGCCGGCGCCGGUGUCCUGUGCCUUGCAACUGCGGCUCUGGGAAUUGUAAGUUUUAUCACUUUGGAAUCGGAGAAGAAGGGCGCAACUCCUCUUACUCAAGGCGGCAUUAUUGAAGUCGGACAGCCGCAGUUUCCUCCGGCCAACGGUGUUAAACCCUCUAGUCUUCCGGCGUGAAAUUAAUUAAAUGGUUUUUCAUAUGAGUUAUUGCUUUAACGUACGGCCGAGUUCAAUGAGGAGUAGAUUUACAAUAAAGUUGUAGUCCCGGCCGCCAAGUGAAUUCAGCCAUAAUUAAAACCAUAAUUAUUUCUUUGAAUAAAACCAUAACUAUUUCCUCCAUUAUCAUCAUCGUCAUCGCCGUCGCCAUCACUAUUAUCACCAUCAUCAGCUCCAUUGUUUUCAUUAUGAAUUCCAUCAAUAUGAUCAUCUUGAUUGAAGCUAGUUGUGGACAUGCGCAUCUCUCCUCGCAUUGCGAUGUUACCAGUGUUUUCAUUAUCAAUUUCAUCAAUACGAUCAUCUAGAUAAAAGCUAGUUCUGAACCUACGCACCUCUCAUCGCAUUCCCAUGUCCCAUGGGUCACCUCUACUACUAUUUGUAACCUCUUCUGAUAACACCUGGUUAACAUUGAUUCCUUAUUCACGAACACUUAUAGUAAUUUGGGGAUUGGGGUUACUUUUGUCAUCAUCAAUGUGUAGUGGACGAACCCAUUGAGA